UCCCCGGCUCUCUCACCCUCGACCACCGUGACUCUUGGGGGCCAGCGACCUCCCCACCCUUUCUGUUCGCGCCCUCGGGAGGGGGGGAGAUGGCCCUGGCUGCCCAGGCCCCAGCCCGCACCCCACCGCGGGUCCUCCCGUGGGGGUGACUGUCGGCGACCCGGGACGCAGGGGAGCGCUCUGCGGGGACGCCUCGACGCGCCGCAGCCCCCCUCGGAGCGGAGCCUCGCGCCCCGGCGCGGCGGGGGGAGGGUGCCGAGCUCUCGGGUCGGAACUCCGGUCCCUCUCCGUUCUCCCGGGCCGCUGUGCGCGCGGCUGCUUUGGCGCACCUUCCACCUUCCGCGCGGCCUCACCGCCUCCUGGAAAAUGUCCACGUGCCACGACCUGGAGGAGCCCGGAAAGGGGACCUCGGCCCCCCAGGGGAGUCUGAGUCGCCACAGUGGCUGGCCCCGGGAAACGCCGGCUCCCACCCCCGCGGCUAGGGGCGAGCGGGCCGGGCGACCGCGUCCGACCCCCCGGGCUAGGAGGUCCUUCCCCCGCCCCCCUGCUGGUUUCCGGGGGCCCCCGCCGGCGAGGCAAGGUGCAGCGGACGCCGACAGCCCGAGACCCGCCUCUCAGGCCGAGGAUCCCGGGGCUUUUCCGUUCAUCCCACCAAGCUCGGCCCGCUUCAUCGCCCCUCCCCCAGAGCCAGGGCCGGCUGGAGGAGAUCCAGGCCGCAGUUUCUAUCCGGCCACUACGGAGGCCGCGGGCACCAGGGUCCCACAGGUGAGGGGGUCUCCAAGGGGCGGCGAAAAGCAAAAUGCGGGACUGAAUCGCCCGACUACGGAAUGGCUUCUGGUGCCGCCCUGGUCAGCGGGUCGGCACCAACCAACAUUCACGAAGCUCAUCUACUCGUCCGGAUAAAUGCUAAAAGCAGAGAGUUGACCCGCAUUGCUGCAGAGACAAGCUCCCUCAGCGGGCUCACAGGCCAGCACAAGCACAGAAAAGCAAUCUGGCCAGCUCUCCCUGCCCUGAGAACACACACUCCUUUCACUGGGGCAGGCAUGCUUCGGAAUCAGUGUGUAGGGGAAAGCACCUGGAGGCCAGGAUCCUUGGACAAAGCUGCUUACAGCAGCCCCCGCUGCAGAGGGGAAAGGUCUGGAAACCCACAUAUCCAACACAGGGGAGGUAUACCGGGAGGAAUGGGCCACCUACCAGCUGGGGGCCUGCAGUGGUACUCGGGAGAAAAGCAAGUCGCCUGGUGGGCUGGCCAUCUCCAGGACCCGGGAAAAAGAGGAACCUACCAAAACCCUCCAGAAAAGAGGAAGCAACAAUGACUCACAAAGCCAGCCCUCGCCAAGCGCAGGCCGCCUCCUCUGGACCCUGGAAGGCCCAGGUCACAAAGGCCACUAGGGCCAAGCCCUGAAGAGGCAUGUCCCGAGACAGCUCUGCGCGGCUCUCAACCCUGCAGCCGCCCGCGGGCCCGGGCCUGGACCUCCAGCCGCGACCCGGGCCUGGCGCCUGGGCGUUACGGCUCGCGCGGGCCGCCCCGUAGCCUCGACGCCCAUGUGUGUCGUCUGCUUCGUGAAGGCGCUGGUGCACGUGUUCAAGAUCUACCUGACCGCCCACUACACCUACAACUUCCGCAGCUGGCCCGUGGACUUCCGCUGGGAUGACGUGCGCGCCGCCGGCGGGGGAGGCAGCGGUCACCGCGCGCUGACGUGCGCCGCGGCGGCGGCCGGCGUGUGGCUGCUGCGGGAAGCGGCUCUGGGCGGGGACGCGCCAGGGCGACCACUACGCGGGGCGCGCAGUCAGGCGCAGUGCCUCCUGCAGCAGAUCCGCGAGCUGCCGGGCCAGCUCGCCAGCUACGCGCUGGCCCACUCGCUGGGCCGCUGGCUCGUGUACCCGGGCUCCAUGUUCCUGAUGACUCGCGCGCUGCUGCCGCUGCUGCAGCAGGGCCAAGAGCGCCUCGUGGAGCGCUACAGUGGCCGGCGCGCCAAGCUGGUGGCCUGUGACGGCAAUGAGAUCGACACCAUGUUCAUGGAUCGCCGCCAGCACCCGGGCAGCCAAGGCCGAGGCCUGCGCCUCGUCAUCUGCUGCGAAGGCAAUGCCGGCUUCUACGAGAUGGGCUGCCUGUCCGCGCCCCUGGAAGCUGGCUACUCGGUGCUGGGCUGGAACCACCCGGGCUUCGGGGGCAGCACGGGCGCGCCGUUCCCGCAGCAUGACGCCAACGCGGUGGACGUGGUGGUCAAGUACGCGCUGCACCGCCUUCACUUCCCGCCCGCGCACGUCGUGGUCUAUGGCUGGUCCAUCGGGGGCUUCACGGCCACCUGGGCCACCAUGACAUACCCGGAGCUCGGUGCGCUGGUGCUUGACGCCACCUUCGACGACCUCGUGCCGCUGGCCCUGAAGGUCAUGCCCCACAGCUGGAAGGGCCUCGUGGUGCGCACCGUGCGGGAGCACUUCAACCUCAACGUGGCGGAGCAGCUGUGCCGCUACCCGGGGCCCGUGCUGCUGCUGCGGCGUACGCAGGACGACGUGGUCAGCACCUCGGGCCACCUGCGCCCCCUGCCGUCCGGCGACGUGGAGGGCAACCGCGGCAACGAGCUGCUCCUGCGUCUGCUGCAGCACCGCUACCCGGUCGUGAUGGCGCGGGAGGGCCUCGCGGUCGUGAAGCGCUGGCUCCGCGCGGGCAGCCGGGCGCAGGAGGCCGCCUUCUAUGCGCGCUACCGCGUGGACGACGAGUGGUGCCUGGCCCUGCUGCGCUCCUACCACGCGCGCUGCGAGGACGAGCGGGAGGACGAGCAGGCCUGGGGGCCGCACGGGCUCUCUUUCCCCUGGCUGGUGGGCCGGGGCCUGAGCCCGCGGCGCCGGCGGCAGCUGGCGCUGUUCCUGGCUCGCAAACACCUCAGGAAUGUGGAGGCGACUCACUGCAGUCCGCUGGAGCCCGAGGACUUCCAGCUGCCCUGGAGGUUGUAGCCCUCGCCCUGCAGCUGCUGGCAAGCGCCUCGGUGCCUUUGCGCCCCUCCAGGGCCUCGAGUUCUUUCCCUCCCCGCACCCGAAACCAGUAAAGCUGGCCCUGCCUGGGGAUCCCGACCUGGUGUCUGAGGGACGGCGAGG